GUGGGGUUUAACUUUUUUUUUUUUAUCGAGCUCACUAACUGACGUUACUGGCUCAGUUUGUGUCGAAAACUUUUAUAUCGUUUUAACGCUGUCAUUUGGUUAGUUAAGAUAAACCGAAAAAUUGUGAAUGUUUUUGAUAAUCUUUCUAGCUAGCUACGCAACUCCUUAACCCGGGGCAGGAAACCUGUUGAAUAGCCGAAGAAUUUCGCAAAACCUAACCAGGACAAUCUAUUUAACUAAAAAAAAUGCAGGUGACAUCCUUGUCAACAAAUAAAACUAGAGCGACAGAGAUUUGAUUAAAUUAAAAAAUAACCACUCGGAGUUGCUGAGUGGUUGUAGUUUAAGUGGACCAGACGUUUAUGAUCGGUUUAAUUGCUGCAGGCGCCUGUGAGUAAGUAGCGAACAGCAGUAGCCUCCUAUACAUAUGACACUAGCUUUGGCAUGAUGAAAACUCCUCCCUCUGCAUCCCUGCGGGUCAAGCGCAAAAAUGUUCGGCAGAUCAGAAAACAUUUCUGCCUGAGCAGAGCCAACGGUCAGGACCCCGACGGCUCCCUGUGGAAGAUCCAGCCUGGCCAACAUUUCACCAAAAUGCCUACAACCGUCAUCCAGCGGCAGGAAAUGGCUUCAUACUUGCAUCUUUUUGGUGAUGACCUGAUACAAGACUUUCUCUUGAUGGACUGUUGCUACAAAAUGACUGACAAGUACCUUUUAGCCAUGACCUUUGUGUACUUCAAACGGGCCCACUUCACUGUUGCUGAAUACACUAGAAAGAAUUUUUUCAUUGCCCUCUAUCUUGCCAACACCAUGGAGGAGGAUGAGGAGGAAAGCAAGUACGAAAUAUUUCCAUGGGCACUGGGCAAGAACUGGAGGAGACAGUUUCCACGGUUCCUAAAGCAGCGGGACGAGCUGUGGGCUCGCAUCUGUUACAGAGCUGCUGUCAGCAGGAGCUGCUGUGAGCAGGUAAUGGCCAUUGUGCCCUCUCACUUUGUGUGGCAGCGGCAGCGUUCCGAUCACCACAGCGGUGCCCUGAGGCAGUACAACGAGCAAGGCGCUGCCCGUUUCCCACGCGGCCCCUCCGCCUCCCCUGUUUCCUGUGCCCUUUGUAACUUCAGCAGCAGGUAUCAUCGGAUCUGCUCCGGCCGCCCAACUGCACAGACCUCGGGCAGCAGCUACCUGAACCCGUUCGCUCCCGCCUUUACUUUUGAGGUGACACCGCCCAGAGUCCCCAACAGGACGACAGAGGAGGACACAACCAAGGCACAGAAAUCAUGCUGCUUCUGUCCUGAAGAGCUUCCAAGGGAGACUUCUUCCUGUGACUCCUCCUUUGACCCCUUCAUAGACUGGAUCAGCGAGAUGUAAAACACAAAGCCAAACUCAGCUGUUUCGCCUUGUUCCUCUUUGUACCAACUGAACCGUUCUGCGCAAUAAUCCCUCGUUUAUCUCAAACCUUGCGGUAAAAGUCUGAAUCUUCCAGUUAGGGUUGACCUAAUACAAACACAAUGAACUACUCUUACUCAGUACAUGUGAACAUGAAAGAAGUUGUUGCUGUUUAUUUGCUAACAGACACAUUCUGUAAACAUUUUUCCAGCUACAGUUCUAUUUAUUUAUUUACUGUAUUCAUUUAUUUAUUUAACUUAUUUGUACAUUGGGAUGUUUUUGCCGUUUUUCAACCUUGGGAUGUAUGUUAAAUUGAGACGGGGGAAUCUUGUGGAUGUUUCCAGUUGUGACUUUUUGAUAAGCCAAUGCUGUCAGAGUUUGAGAAUACAAGCCUAAACUUAAA